AUGCGCGCCGUGUUUAUACAAAGUAAACAAACUACUCGCUACUACUGCUUUUCAUCUGUAACCAUGUCGGGAAAAGGAAAAGUGCACGGAGGAAAAGGCAAAUCUGCCGAAAGCAAUAAGAUGACAAGCUCUCACUCGGCCAGAGCGGGCUUGCAGUUCCCCGUGGGAAGAAUCAAGAGAUAUUUGAAGAGAACAGCGCAAAACAAAAUCAGAAUCGGAUCCAAGUCUGCGAUUUACUUGACGGCUGUUUUGGAGUACUUGACUGCAGAGGUGUUGGAGUUGGCCGGAAACGCCGCCAAGGACUUGAAGGUCAAGAGAAUCACCCCUAGACACUUGCAGUUGGCCAUCAGAGGCGACGAAGAAUUAGACAACUUGAUCAAGGCCACCAUCGCGUACGGUGGUGUUUUGCCACACAUCAACAAGGCCUUGUUGUUGAAGGUGGAGAGAAAGAAGGGCCAGAAGUAA